GAGUGAAUUCAAAUUUACUUUAAAGCGUUGUGGAAAAUAGAUAGUUAUUGUAUCAUUGGUGAUCGCGGUUCAGGCAAAACACUAGUUGAAUAACUGUCUAUCGCGAAUAACGUCCAUCGCUAGGCUCAACACUACUAGACAAAUUCAAAUUGUCAAACAAAUGGGCGAUUGUGCGAAUUUUAAGUUUUCUUUUUUUGCAGUGUUAUACGCGCUCUAAAUAAUUUAAAUUUCUUUUAAUCAUCUAGGGAAAUAAUAAACCUGAUAUGUUACUUGAGUUGCUGUAAAAAUGCUGGCCGUACUAUUACUAAAUCGUAUGACAACAAAAAGUAGAAUCGCCGCGAAACAAAAAGAUCUACAUAAAAUCAAAGCCGUAAAAGUCGAGCCUUUGAAAACUCCUGGCGACUCUAUAGGUGACUGCUGCAGAACAUGUCUGAGCACAGAAGAUUUGGAACCAAUAUUCCCUAGUAAGGAAGCAGAGAAAAAGAAGUCUCACGAGUUAAAUGUCGUUACUGGUUUAGAGAUAAAAAUAGAUGAUGGUCUAUCACAAAAGAUGUGUAAGAACUGCUUAUAUAGUUUGAAGACGGCAUUACAAUUCAGACGUUGUAGUCGCAAAGCUGAGAAAACCUUAUUAGAUAUGGCUAUAACAGGAAAACCAAAGAAGAAAAAUAAAAUACGCAAGAAGGAAAUUAAAAACCAGAAACUUAAAGUAAAAGAUGAGAGCAAUGAUACCCUCGAUGCAUUUGCAGAUUUCGAACAUGAUGAAUAUCAGAAUGACUGUAGUUUUGAAAAUGAUGACUUUGACAAUGAAUCAUACGAAGAUAUCAAAGAAUCCAAUAUAGUGAAGAUAGAAUAUGAUCCUAAAGAUAAUGAUAAACAACCAAGAGUAAAAAGGAAACGUACCACACUGCCAAAUGCAUCGUCCUACAAAUGUCCGAUUUGUCAAAAAGAGUUUAGAAUGAAGGCCACAUACAAAGCUCACCUCAGAUUCCACACUAACUACUGUGUCUGUGAAGUGAGUAUUUUUUUAAUUAGUAUAGGUCAUUGGUUCCCAACUUAUUUCGUCUACUACCCACUUUGAGAAUAAAUUAUAUUUUAGUGCCCCCAUUUUUUCUCAUACUUAAAACCACUAUUACUUCAAAUUGAAUUAAUUAUUGUGAGCUAUAUUAGCAGAGGUUAAACAUUCAUUUUAAACAAGAGUAAAACUUGAGAUUGGAGCAUAGUGGUAGUACACAAGUCUCUUGUUAAGUCUUCUUAAGCCUCUACACAACGCCUCUGUGUUUUUAUGGGUCUCUUACCGCUCUCCUGUUUAGACCUGCAAUUCAUAAGUGGGUGUUAUUGCGCACUUUGGGAAAGGCUAGUAUAGAUAAAUGUUCUGUAAUCAAUAUUAUUUUUAAACAUAUAGGGUGAAAGUCCGUGCUUCGGAAGGCACGUUAAGCCGUUGGUCCCGGCUACAGUUGCAGUCGUUAAUACCCUCCAAUCCGCAUUGGGCCCAUGUGGAGGGUCAUGGCCCAUCCUCCUUAACCAUCCAUAAGGAAGGCCUGAGCCCCUGCCACAUGUAGGGCUGAUGAUGAUGACGAUGAGGGCGAAAGUUGCAUGUUCGCUAUUCUAAUACAUUUAUGAUUGAUAUCAGACAUGUGGGAAACGUUGUCGCAACAACAACCAGUUGCAGGAGCACAAGAGAGCUCGUCAUGGCCUCGGUCGCAUACAUAAGUGCGCAUACUGUGAAUAUAGCUCCGCCACCAAGGAGGCACUCACGGUAACUAUUAUUAUUACAAGCUGUUUGUCCGUUGCCCUGCGAAUUUAAGCCUAUCACCCAAUUGCAUAAACAUUCAUUAAGGACGUAACAGACGAUUAAGACGCUUAUUAUAUUAAGAUAACAUAUUUUAAAAUCUUAAGCUAUCAUACAUGGUUAAGAUAACUUAUGAAAUAUAUAUUUCUGUAUCACUAUCAUAAGAUACUUAAUAUAUUUAUCUUACCCCGUGUGUUGUUAGGUCAUUGAUAUAUAUGGCGAGCGAUAUUUAUCUUAAGAUAUAAUAUAAUAGUAUCUUAACCUAUAAAUAUUAUAGUCUCUUAUGACCUUUUACUCUAAUGAACGUUUUAAAUUUGAAAAUUUGUUGUAAUUUUGUGCAACUGAUAUAUGCGUCUUGAUGGCAGAUUAUAGGAGCUUAAACGAUAUUCGCGGUCGCGGUCGACAGUUAUUCGCGGAUGUUGUAGCUUAUUAUAGAUAAAAAAAUAUUCAAAUAAAUAUGAUAGAUCCAAAGAUCUAUCAAAGAUUUAUCAUGUUGAAGGAAUGAAUUACUUUUUAUAAUAUUAUUAGACUACAUUCGUAGUGCAGAUGAAAAAGAAAGUAUUAGAGUUCUAUGUGUACCGAUACGUAUCAUCUACUUUAAACGAUAUCAUAAUACUAAGAACAAAGGACC